UGACUCAAAUGAUAAAACCGUGGAGAAGAAGUCGAACCGAAAGAAAACAGGACAGCUCGAAGAGUGCGGUGGCAGUGGUAUUAAAAAAAAAAAGUAAAAAAAGAGGUAUACAUUUUGCGUACAGUGUAUGUUACAGUUGAGUGAAUUGGCUGUUCUCUUUAUUUAGUCGUGUCUUAUCUCAUUGGCGUCUCAUUAACUGACUACGUAGUUUCGUUAGUAGAAGAAGCCGGCGGGAAAUACUCGCCCAGCCGACCCAAGCCCCUCAAGAAGAAAAUCAUCCCGCUGCUGAAUCUAGUUGAUGAUCCCUGAUGUAAGCCCUGUGCAAGUGGAUGUUGCAGUGCGGUCUGGUCAGGGGAUCCAGUGUGUGAUGGACCUGCGCCUGCUGUCUCGUAUCGAUGAGGAGCUGGACUCCUCUGAGGUGGCUGCCCUGUGCUUCCUGUGCAGAGAUGUGCUCAAUAGGAAACGCCUGGAGACGGUGGAGGAUGGGCGUGGCCUGUUCCUGAGGCUGCAGGAGAAAAGCCUGCUGGAGGACCACUACUUCCUGUCCCAACUCCUCUCUGUCAUUGGUCGACUGGACCUUCACCGCCUCCUGGAGACCGACAGCAGACAGCCGGAGCAAACGGCCCACACCCAGACAGACGCAUGCCCUGCCCUCUCACAGUACAGGAGGAUGUUGUAUAAGGUCUCAGAAGAUGUAACUAAGGAGAAUCUCACUAAGAUUAAGUUUUUGCUGAGUGACAAACUGCCCAGAGGACGACUGGAUCCCUGCACUACUGCUCUGGAGGUGCUGUGUGAGAUGGAGAGGCAGGACCUGCUGACAGAGGACAGACUGGAUGAGCUACAGAGGAUACUGGAGGAGUGUGACACACAGCUGGCCCACACAGUACAGCAGCAUAGAGAAGCAAGGGGCAGUGUGUCACGGCAGGAGUACUCUGUUCAGCCAAUCAGCAACCAGGAACAGCAACUCAGCUCCCCUCAGUCACUACAGAGCCUGUCUAUAUCAGAGACACGGCCCAACUGUGAGCGUGGGCAACGCAUAAGGUUGUACUCUGAUGCAAUGACGGAAACUCAGCCUGGGUCUGGGCCUGACCAGGUGACCACUUCACCGACGCAAUCCUGUAAGACCUCUGAGAUGGAGCACUAUUCCAUGACCUGUAAUCCUCGGGGGACGUGCUUAAUCAUCAAUAACUACCACUUCAUGGGAUUUUCAGGUCUGACAGACAGACCAGGAACUGAGCAGGACGAGAAGGCUCUGCAUAAUGUGUUCUCCAGGUUGGGGUUUAAAGUGGAAGUGUGUAGUGACCUGACAGAGAAGACCAUGUUGGGUGCGGUAGAGGAGCUUGGAGGGCGGAGUCACAUACAGGCAGACGCUCUGGUGGUGUGUGUGCUGUCCCAUGGGGAGAAGGGUUGUGUGCUUGGGACAGAUGGGGGGGAGGUGCCCAUUCGCUCCCUCACACAACCCUUCACCAGCAAGCAGUGCCCUUCUCUGAUGGGCAAACCCAAACUGUUCUUCAUCCAGGCCUGCCAGGGGAAGGGCUUCCAGCGAGGGGCCCUAUUCAUCCCCUCCAUAAGGCAGAGAGAGGGGCGGUAUGAGGCAGACGCCGGCGCCAUCGAGUCCAUUCCCUGGGAUGCAGACUUCCUGAUCGGUAUGGCAACAGUAGAGGAGUGCAAGUCAUUCCGAAACACUAAGGAAGGUUCCAUCUACAUCCAGGAGCUCUGCAAACAGCUGGAGUGGGGAGCGGACAGAGGGGAGGAUAUUCUGUCGGUGCUGACGCGUGUGAAUCGUGAGGUCAGCAGAGGAGUGUAUAGAGACUCCAAACAGAUGCCCGAGCCCAAGUACACCCUCACCAAGAAACUCUUCCUCCCCUACUUCUGAAACACCUCUGGUUGGCUGACUUAAAGCGUCAAAUCUUGUCCCUCCUUCUGGAUCGAGACACUUCAGAAUGGCUGUCAUGUCUAAACAGUAAGCUGUCACUCUCAGGAACCCUACCACAGCAGCCUCUACCGUGGCCCAUCUCCCAUAAGACAGUGUGUUGAACAUUGGUUGGCAUGUCUGAUUUCCUGAAAGAUGUUUCAAACUCAUGAGAUUUUAAUACAUUUUUCCAUUAAAUGCUGGAAAUUGUGUAACGUUUUCUUUAUCUGUAAUAAAUGUGUUCUGGAGAUGA